AUGAAAUUGAUAAUCGAAGAAUCCUCUGAAAAAGUUGCCGAAUUUGCUGCUGGCUAUGUCGCCAAGAAAAUCAUCGAACAUCAUCGAAAUCCCUCGAAUCAAAAAUAUUUUGUUCUUGGUCUUCCAACUGGUUCAACUCCAUUGGGAAUGUAUCGAAAACUGAUUGAAUAUUAUCAACAGGGAAGAUUGUCUUUUAAAUAUGUCAAGACUUUCAAUAUGGAUGAAUAUGUUGGAUUGGAAAGGGAUCAUCCCGAAAGCUAUCAUUCUUUUAUGUUUCAUAACUUUUUCAAACAUAUUGAUAUUGAUCCGAAGAAUGUGAGUUGGGGGGAGGGGGGGGGGUUUGGGAAGGAAUAGGAGUCGGAGCACUAGACAGGAAUGGGAUCAGUUCCAAAAAUAUGA